AUGGAGAGCAGCGAUGACACCGAGGAGCCCCCACUGCCCCUGGCCCUGAGCAGCUUCCAGGUCUCCGAGGAGUUUGGCUUCCUGCUUCCCGACCCUCUGACAGAGCUGCCUGCACCCUACGGCCCCUGGAUGGACCUGGCCCACGAGCUGCCCCAGCUCAUCACCAGCCAUCAGCUCCGCUCACGCGUUCACCAGAUGCCGCAGCUGAGCACCCAGCACCUGCAGGGACGUGAGGAGCUGCACUUGGCACACCUGGUGCUCAGCUUCAUCACCAUGGGCUACGUCUGGCAGGAGGGCGAGGAGGGCACCGUGCAGGUCCUGCCCCGAAAUCUCGCUGUCCCCUACUGGGAGGUGUCCCAGGCCCUGGGCCUCCCGCCCAUCCUCAGCCACGCAGACUUUGUGUUGGCCAACUGGAGGAGGAAGGACCCCAACGGGCCUUUGGAAAUUGAGAACCUGGACACGAUAAUCACACUGCCUGGGGGAGAGAGCCUGCGGGGCUUCAUCCUUGUCACCCUGCUUGUAGAGAAGGCAGCUGUGCCUGGCAUUAAGGCCAUCGUGCAGGCCCUGGGUGCCAUCCUGCAGAGGGACGAGGAGUCCCUGCACAGAGCCCUGCAGGAGCUGGCCGGGGCCAUCGGGGCCAUGAGUGAGGCGCUGAGGAGGAUGCACGACUAUGUGGAUCCAGAAGUCUUCUACUCUGUGAUCCGGAUCUUUCUCUCUGGCUGGAAGGACAACCCUGCCAUGCCUCACGGGCUCAUCUACGAGGGGGUGUCCCCGGAGCCCCUGGCGUUCUCGGGGGGCAGCGCGGCACAGAGCACGGUCCUGCACGCCUUCGACGAGCUCCUGGGCAUCUGCCACCGCCAGGACACAGCUGCCUUCCUGCACAGGAUGAGGGACUACAUGCCGCGGCCCCACCGAGCCUUCGUGCAGGAGCUGCGUGGCGCGGUGUCCCUGAGGCAGCACGUGCUGUCCUCGGGGGACGCGCGCCUCCGCGCCGCCUUCAACCGCUGCGUGGGCGCGCUCACGGACUUCAGGUCCCUGCACAUCGCCAUCGUCACCAAGUACAUCGCCAUCGCGGCGGCCAGGGCCAGGGCCAGGCGGGCACAGCCCAGCGCCAGGGCCGGCCCCUCUGCGGGCAAGCCCCCGGCCGCCCUGGAGGGCAAAGGCACCGGCGGGUCCCACAUCUUCAGCUUCCUGAAGAGCAUCAGGGACACCACCAGGGAGGGCAUGAUAAGUGCCUGACCCACCCCGAGGGCUGCCCAGAGCGGGGGCAGGAGGCCGAGGGGCUUGGGUGUCUGUGAGCAAGGCACAAGCCAAGAUCCAGAACCUUCCACCAGCUGCAGCUUCCCAGCCCUGCACGUGUGGGACACGAGGAACGCGCUCGGGGCUGUUGGGAGAGAACAGCGCUGCUGCUGCUGCUGCUGCUGCUGCUGCUGCUGCCUCCCCCAGCAGCACAGAGCGAGCUCAGCAUCCUCCCCUGGUACUGACACAGGCUCAGCAUCCUCCCCUGGCACCGACACAGGCUCAGCAUCCUCCCCUGGCACCGACGGCAGCGCAUCACCCCGGGCCCAGGCAAGGGCUGUGUCCCUCCCAGCCCCGCUCCUGCCCCGCUGCCCCGGGCGGGGGGCGCAGCUCGGAC